AUGAGCGUCUCCAAAGCCCCACCUCCUCCCUCCACCUCUCACCUGACCAUCCCCCCCUCGUCCACCUCCACCCCGUCCUCGUCCGCCUCCUCCCCGUCGACCACGCGCCACUCCACCGCACUGCCCCCCCCCUCGCCGGUCAAGAUCUCUAUGCAGGAGCACUUUGCCAUCAACGUGUGCCCGGGCCCCAUCCUCCCCAUCCCACAGAUCUCGGACUUCUUCCCCCGUUUCCAUGACUACCCCUGCACGCCGCCCCCUCCGAGGGAGAAGAAGAUCCUGAAAGAGGAGACCUUCAACGGGGAGACGGGAGGGGGAUACAAGGACGGGGAGAGGAGGGUGGACAACGACGGAGACAGGGAGGAGAUGUUGGACUCCGAUGAUGAAGACACCUACCUGGGCACGUUGGAGUUCAACCUGCUGUUUGAUCAGGAGAACAACUGUCUUCAUUGUACUAUUCACAAGGCAAAGGGACUGAAAGCCAUGGACUCCAAUGGGCUGGCUGAUCCAUACGUCAAGCUUCAUCUUCUCCCCGGGGCUAGCAAGGCAAACAAGCUCCGGACAAAAACCCUGAAGAACACGUUGAACCCGGUGUGGAGCGAGACGCUGGUGUACCAUGGCAUCACUGCAGCCGACAUGACCACAAAAACCCUCAGGUUGUGUGUAUGUGACAUGGACAGGCUGGGCCGAAAUGAAUUCAUCGGAGAGGUGAGGGUGGCCCUGAAGAAACUGAGAGAGGGCGAGAGCAAACGCUACAAUAUGGGCUUGGAGAGAAUUACACAGAAUAAAGAAGCUAACAAUCAAAUGGUGGAGCAGGGAGCGCUUGUGGUCGAGGAGGAGCGCGGCCGCAUCCUGGUGUCACUGUGCUAUAACACAGAGAAGAGCUGUCUGCUGGUUGGUAUCAUACGCUGUGCCCAUCUGGCCGCCAUGGACUCCAACGGCUACUCUGACCCCUUCGUCAAAAUCUUCUUGCAGCCGGAUAUGGGAAAAAAGUCCAAGAACAAGACGACAGUGAAAAAAAAGACUCUCAACCCUGAAUUCAAUGAGGAGUUUUCAUACGACGUGCCCGUGGACCAGCUGGCGAAGAAAACCCUGGAGAUCUCUGUUUGGGACUACGACUUGGGAAUGAGCAACGACUUCAUAGGUGGAGUGGAGCUGGGCAUCAAUGCGAGCGGAGAGAGACUCAAACACUGGUUUGAGUGUCUCAAAAACAAAGGGAAGAAAGUGGAGUACUGGCAUACGCUCACACAGCAAGGAGCCCCGAGCAGUGACAAACCGGACUAGAUAACAAAAGACAUCCACGCAAACAUACACGUAGACAUGUGCACACAC